AUGCAAACAGCAGCAAACACCCUUCCCCUCCGUCAUCUGCUGCUGCUGUGCUGCGACCUCGCGCAGCUGCGCUGCUGCUCCCCUUCGUUGGGGUCCGCUGCGCUGCAGCGUCUACUGCAGCAGCUGCAGCAGCAGCAGCAACAGCAGCAGCAGCAGCAGCAGCAGCCGCUGCAGCAGCAGCAGCAGCAGGAGCCGGUAGGUCUCAGUGCACAGGAGGCAGCGUUGGGUGUGCAGCUCGCUGCUGCGCUGCUGCAGCAGAGCGUUCAACAGCAGCAGCGACAACAGCAGCAGCAGCGCCAGCAGCAGCAGCAGCUGCAGCAGCAGCAGCAGCAAGAGCAGCAGCUCUGGCUCUCAUCCAGCUGCAGCAAGAGAAUGCAGCUAUCUAGAGCAGCACAUGAGGGGGUGUUGUCUUCUUCUGUCUCUGCUGCUGCUAAUGAAGGCAAAUGGGGGCCCCCUGCAGCAGCAGCAAGAGGGGAGGGGGCCCCUGCAGCAGCAACAGGGGUAAUGGGGGCCCCUGCUGCUGCUGCUGCAGCAGCAUGGGGGCUGAAGGGCCCUGCAGCAGCAACUCUAAGAAUGGGGGCCCCUACAGCAGCAGCAACUCAGUUGGAGGGACCCCCUGCAGCAGCAGCAGCAGCUCAAGGGGAGGGGGCCCCUGCAGCAGCAGCAGCAGCAGCAGCAGCAGCAGCAGCAGCAGACCUGAUACGUUUGUGUUUGUUGCCCAAGCCUGCGCGCUGCUGGCUAGCCGCGAGGUCAUCAGCAGCUGCAUGCAGCAGCAGCUGCAGCAGCAGCUGA